AAACAAGUUUUAAGUAAUUAUUGUGAAUAUCGUAUCGAACAUUCUUUUUGAGCAAAUAAGUUAAUAUUACACUUUGUAUUUAUACUUCGUCUUUAAUUAAAUAGUUUUAAGAUGAAAAAAAGUUUUAGUAAUACAAUACCUACUGUACGUAAUAAUUAAUUACGACCACCAGUUAAUUCCGAAUUUACUAUCUCUCGUAACUAACAAAUAUGUACAUGGCCUGAUCACCAAAAUGUUUUUUAUGAAAUUACAAGUAGUGCUUUGGUUUUCUUUGUAAAAGCUUCUCGAAAUGCUGUGAUAGGUUUAUCUAAAAAACCAAACCCUAUUACUUGUGAUUAUUGGAUUGUUAUAAGUAAUCAUCCUCACAGUUAUAUAAAGAAAGGGACUGAACCUCGAACAAAGGUUCAUACUCCUGAUAUUCUCAGUGCAGAAGAAUAUCGAAAAUUUUGGAUCGCAUGGAAUGGAGGCUUUAUAAGGCUUGGUCAUGGAGAGGACAGUACCCCAAUUAUUAUAUGUGCAAAUAAAGUUCCAGGUUUGAAUUACAUUACAUUUGAUGUACGAACAAGAAGAGCAAGAAAUUCUGUGCAUUGGAAGUUUGAAUUACCACCAAUGCCAAGUAAACCAAAGUUGAAAACUCUAAUGGGUGGUGACCCACAAUGGUUUCUAGCUGAUCAUCAGUUACCAGAUGGAGCAAUUAUUGGUGGUUAUGAAAAAGAAGCACUGUAUAUAAUAAGAGCUCCACAUAGGGGUUCAUUUACCCCUGGCAAGUUUGUCCCAUCGUUAGGUCUCGGUUUUAUACCUUGGGGUGGUGAGGCAAAUGAGAAGAGUGAAUUUGAGGUGCUCUGUGGGUACAAUUGCAUCUGGGUUCCCAGUCGUGUAGAUAAAAUACCAGUUGGUGCAGUAGUUGGUGGCUUUUCGGAAGAUGAUGGCAGAGAAAAACUUUAUGUGGGCCGUGCUGCACAUGAGGGCCAUCUUAUACCAGGCAAAGUACAACCGUCACAUAGAGUUUGUUAUAUACCAUAUAAUAACAAAGAGAUAGCGAAAAGCAGCUAUGAGAUAUUAAUUGUCCCUAACAGUAACACAUGUUAUGCUAACAAAUUUUUUGUAUAUAACAUAGAACUUGAAAGCGCAUCAGAAUCUGAAAGUGAUGAAUCUGACAAUGAUACAAAUGAUGAAUCUGAUAAUUAUUCUGAUAAUGAUAUAGUUUAUAAUGAGGAGGAUGUCGAGUAAAACUGAAAGUUAUUAAGCAUGUCUAUUUAUAUUAUUUAUGUAUAUAAUGUUAUUUGAAGAACAUAUCGAAAGUGUAUAAUUUAAUAUAUUGAAAAAUUUUAAAAAUAUGAGUAUUAUACAUAAUUUAAAAAUUUUGAUCAUAUUUUUUUAUUUUAACCAUUAACAAAAUCGGUACCAAAAAUUAUAUACAAUAAUAUAAUAUUAGUUUUAAGUUUGGUUUUAGGUAAAGAAAUUUUCAUAAACCAUGUCACUACGCUUUAUGAAAAGUGAUUUGUUCUCGCUUUUCCGUAUUUAGGUAAACUACUUAAUUGGCAGAUUGGCCGCGCAGUGUGGAGGUACGCGGGGUGGGAUCAGGCACACGUAGUUAAUAUAUAAUAUAAAAAAUAUUAUUCUUUCUCGCUACUAUCAUUCUCAAUUGAAUUAUUUUCUCUUUUAGUGCAGCUUAAAGUAAAUAAAGUAAAGUUGCAGCCUAUUUACGUCCCAUUGCUGGGCACAGGCCUCCUCUCAUUUCUGAGAGGGUUUUAGGGCAAGGAAAUGUCCGCCGCGCUGCCCUAAUGCGUGUUGGCGAACUUCACAUGUUUUCGAAAUAUUUUUUUCUUAUUUCUCAGACAUGCAGGUUUCCUCACGAUGUUUUCCUUCACCGCCGAGCACGUGGUAAACUAGCACUUAAAAUUGCAAUUAACAAUUUCAUUGGUUCCGGCGGGGAUCGAACCAGGGUUGUUCGAGCACUGUGAAGCUUACAGCGAGCGCUAACCAUCUGAGCUACCACGGCUUUAAGUGCAGCUUGAUGAGUCAGAAUCGUCUUGUAAAUUAAUUAUCAUUUGAUCCAUAACAUCAUCGAGUAUUUGAUCGUGUUGACAAUAUUAGUUCGUGUUGAUAAUAUUCGUUCUCAAUUUUGUGGACAUGGCUAUUACAGCUUUAGCAUUUUUCUACAGAGAAUUCGGCUAAUAAUUGCUCCAGCUGCUGCAAAUUUUUUACUUUUAUCAACCGACUUCAAAAUGGAGGAGGUACUCAAUUUGACUGUAUGUUUUUAUUUUAUUUUGUGUGUUGCCUCAUAACUUUUUUCUAGGUGAACCGAUAUCUAUUAUUCUUUUUUUUAUUAGAAAACUGGUGCUUCUCAUGUGGCCCUAUAUAAAUUUAAUCAAGGUCUGACUAAUAGUUUUCGAGUUAUUCUUAAUAAUUUAUAUUGAAGUCGGUUGUUAAUUUUAAAUUAUCCAAAUUGCUAUCAAGUUCAUCUCUUGCGAGUUGUCCCUUGAUAUCUCCCCAUACCAACUCAAUCGGUUUCACGUCUGGGUGGUACGGUGGAAGUGCGUAAGAUUUCGUGACCCGCAGCCUUUAACACUUCGUCAAUUUUAUAAACAUUUUGAGAUCUGUAUUAGAAAUAUUAAAGUCCAUGUUAUGUCUUUGCAGCCAGGCCUGCAUGUCGGCUUUUCGUUGACGGCAUCGUGGACUUUCUAUCCUCUUGUACAGAAUGAUAAUACAUGACGAUCAUGACAUUUUUAUCUUAUAAAAUUUUGAAAAUUCAUAUCUCCGUAUUUACUUUUUGAUUUAAAAAUUUUUUGAUUGAUAAAUCCACCUCCAGCAUUGACAAUCAUUAAACGUGGCUCUUUGUCAAUUUGUAACAGCAUUCUUCUUUCUUCUGUAGACUGCCAACACGAUGAGACAUUUAAGUAGGAUUCGACGUAUGUUUCAUCGAGGUAAACAAUGUUCCUCUGAUCUUGUCCUUCUUUAUCGCAUUCAGAUAUCUUCAUCGCCAAGAUACUAUAUUUGGAUGUUCAAUAAGUACCUUUCUUUUCGACUGACAUUUCUUAAUUCUAAAGCCAAGUUUGUGCAAAAAUAUUCUCAAAUAUUCUCGUCUGCAACUCAUCAAUCCACUUUGUAUGUUGAGAUAAACGAGUUUUGAGUGCGGUCUUCAAUGUACGAUGCCAUCGUUCGACUAUUCCGUUUGAUUGAGGAUGGUAUGCCGUAAUUCAAUCUUCUUUAAGUAAGUUAACAUUUAGUUUUUAAUUUAGGAACCUUCUUGAAAAUAGUAUAAAAUUGAAAAAAACCUUUAUAGAAUAGAAAAACCUUUCGUCUUAUUACGCCUUCUGUAAAAUUAUCUUUUUAAAUUUUUUUCUUCCGGAUUUCUUUCUUUUUUUUUUGGCGAUUUAAAAACCGCGCUAUUCUGUUUACGUUUCAGGUCGUUACAUUUUUCUUUAAUAAUUUUACUUACAGUAGACAAUGAGAGUCCUGUUUCUUGUGCAACAAUUUUGUUCACGUUUACGUCUUGAUACUCCGUAGAACUUCGAUCUUGUUUUCUAGCUUUAAAGAAAUAAUAAACAUUGUACGCCAUUUGUUUCGUUUGCCUGCUAAUUUUCUAACCAAAAAUCUGAGGGCAUUCAUCUUGGCAUUGAUCGUCGCACUUCGCAUCUCGUGUGCGUUUUGUUCCAAGUAUCCGUGACAGAUUUAAUCAACUGUUCAUUACGAGAUCCGCGAGCACAGAACACAAAUUACUCUCUACCAAGAGAAGAACGCUAUCUCC